CACGUCACCAGGAAGUUUAGCAAACUUCGAAAUGUUAAGACAGGAUUCACAGGGUGAUGUUCCACUUUUUGACGAGGAUGAGAAUGCAGCCAACAGGAACAAGUCAAAAAUCCAGCAUCCUUUGGCCUCUUUCUUCCACCUUUUCUUCCGUGUAAGUGCUAUCCUGGUCUAUCUGUUGUGUGAACUCAUCAGCAGCAGCUUCAUUGCCUGCAUGGUCACCAUCAUUCUCCUGCUGUCAUGUGACUUUUGGACAGUGAAGAAUGUGACUGGGCGGCUGCUGGUAGGCCUGAGGUGGUGGAAUCAGGUGGAUGAGAAUGGGAAGAGCCAUUGGGUAUUUGAGUCUCGAAAGGAAGCCAGCAGAAAAAUUGUCUCAAGUUCAGAAUCACGGAUUUUCUGGCUCGGCCUUAUUGUGUGCCCCAUAUUAUGGGUGUUCUUUGUGUUCUCUACUCUCUUUUCCUUCAAGAUUAAAUGGCUGGCAGUGGUGAUUAUGGGAGUUGUGUUACAGUGGGCUAACCUCUAUGGUUACGUCAAAUGCAAAGUCGGGGGUGGAACCAAUCUGAAAAACAUGGCAACCAGCUAUCUUGGCCUUCAGAUUUUUAAGCAGGCAGUUAACAAAUCACAAGGACCCUAAGGAUUUGACCAAGUUGGCUCCGCUAAUGUUCUAAUUUAUUUUCUUGUACUGACAUUCAGUGGGAAACUCAUGCAACUGUUGCAAAUUCUUUUCUCUGACCAAGUGCAUAUGGGCUUUUUUAUUUUAUUUUUUUAAACAGUUUAGUUCUUUCUCCCCUAGAAUUCUCCUAUAGAAUUUAGCCCAUAUUGGAAAUAUCAAUACUGUAUGUUGUCAAUAUGUGCCAAGAACUAAAUAGAAUAUGUUGCGCUUCAUUGCGAGUGGGAUAAUUCUAUUAUAAUUCAAUUAAUGAUGAUCCUUUUUGACUAUUUAGGAGGUUUCUUAGUUAACCACAAUUUUCAUGAUAAUUGCAUAUAAAUUACUGAUAUGUGGAUAUAAAUAACAAACUAGUUGUUUGCCUGGACUGUAAUAAAUGAUGAUUAAA